AGAAUAAAUUUGUAUUAGUUUGGCUCCAAUAAAUUAUUUUAAAAAGUGUACAAAAGUCAUAUUUUCAUAGUUUUGUAUUCAAUUAUAUACAUGUAGUUGGAUUUAUCAAAAAAAUUUAAAUUCUUAUUGGACAAAUAUAAUAUUAUCAUGUUAGAGACGAUUCAAAUGUAAUAUGCAUUAAUUUUAUUCUACCAUCUGAGGGGUUUUUGGUCAGUAUCUCAUUAUUCAUUAACAUGAUUAUCAGAAUAAAAUACUCAGCACUGAAUCCCUGAUGCAUUAGGUGUAUAAUCCGUCAGAAAAGCACUUACAAAAAAUCUAUAAGUAUUAACAAAAUGAUCAAAAGUUCUAGACAAAAUAUGUAUAAACACCGAAUUAAAUAUUGCACACUUAACACUUUAGUCAUGUUUUAUUAGAAUCAAUUUGUUAUCUAUUGCCACGUUUGGCAUCCUAUACACAAACAUUUCACUUUUUUCACAACAUAAUGUUAAACACAUACUAAACUUGAUUAUAUAUUUAUAUGAAAUAUAUUUCUACAUGAUCUUUACAUGACUGUAAAACAGGUCACCUGUGAAAGUUCGAUAUCAGUGCGUUGUGCAUUAUCAAUAACUAAGAUAUGUUUUACACUUUGAACAGUUAACCAAUGUACAUAAACCAUCAUCGAAAAAAAAUUAAAUUGUGAAAUAUUAAGCCAUGGUGAAUGUUAUUUGAUUAUAAGUGUUGGUAAAUACGGGAAUAUAUUGUAUGAAAUAAACGAAAUAAUGAGAAUACAGGAUAAUGGAGGAGGAUAACAACACAGCAAGAGUCGAUACAGAAGUAACUGAUGUAGUUAAGUUCGAGACAAUAAAGGAAAAGAUAACAAGCCCUGUAAAGAAACUACUUCGUCUCGGGAAUGAACCUGUUUUAUGGGACGAAAGUGAAGAGUACGAUUUUAACCAUGCAAAUCGAGGUACCGCCAUUAUAUUUAACAUGGAACAGGUAAAAGCAGACAGCGGUGAACUAGAAGCACGAGUAGGUUCCUCUAUUGAUGCAGAAAGAGUUAGGGAAACUUUUGAAAGUCUUGGAUUUAGUAUAAGCUUCUAUGAAAAUCAGACAAAAGAACAAGUUAUGGACAUCUUGACAAAAGAGGCCAAGCGUGAUCAUAGCGAUGAAGACUGUUUUGCAUGUAUAAUACUCACACAUGGUAGUAGUUAUUACCGUGUUAAUUCAAAAGAACAAUACCACACCAGGGAAGAUAUGAUUAUGGCAGCUGAUACCACAAUGCUUACCAGUGAUAUCUUAAAACUGUUCUGUGACAGCAAUUGUAAAACACUGAAAGGAAAACCAAAGCUUUUCUUUAUACAGGCUUGCAGGGGAGACACUUUUGACAAAGGAGCAUUUCUUGAAACAAGAGACGAAGUCGAUGCUAAACCUGAAAAUUCUAUGGAACAUAUCCCAUGCCCAAUAUACAAAGAUUUCCUUGUUAUGUAUGCAAUAAAAUAG